UAAUAUAAAAUUCGCCGUGUAUGGAAAAGAUCAAUUGAAAAAAUUAAUAGAAAACAUGGAUUGCGGGUAUCAUAAUUACAUGGACGAGAUGCUCCAGAUACUUAACGAGAUCGAAUGCAGACAACCAGAGCCGGAAAUAUGCAACGUAAGAUGCCCACCGUUCGGCUGUCCACGAGGGCCUUGUCCAGGAAUAUGUUGCUACCAAGGCUUGUGCGAUGCUUGCUCCACGUCGAAAAUGCCCUGUGAUCCACCGUCACCACAGCCGCCCAGAUGUCGAGCACCGCCCGUGUGCUGUCUAAGAAAUUACGCCAGGGCGGUCGGCUAUCCUCCAGAAUCUCCCCUCUCCCCGGUCAGCGCCCGAUUGCGUUCCAAGUAUUGCAUGGAUAUAUUGGCAAAUAUCUGUCGUCCCCAAUACUGUACCACCGUGCCAAUUUGUCCGUCACCCUGUUCCUCACCCCUCACCUCCAACUGCCCCUAUCCAUGCUAUUGAUUGAUUAUUAAUUAUUAUCUCCAUCGAUUCUUGAGAAUUUUUUGAAAAUUGUUUUCUUUUUUUUUUUUUUUUUUUUUUAUGAAAAUGAAGGAAAAUUGUCAUAUAAAUUUCAAAUUGUUAAUUGCGUUCAUUGUCAAAGAUGAAGAUUAUAUGUUUAUAUUUACCUUUUUUAAA